GGGUGGCGGAGCUCGCUUGGCUGGGUGAGGGGACAGGACCUCCAGCCUCGCUGCCUCACAGUGAGCCCCCCUCCCCUUUUCCAAACUUCCCGGCGCCCCCUCGACUCUCCCCUCCUUCCCCAGCCAGAGGGAAGCCCCUCUCUGCCCUCCUACCCCCCACCUUGGGGUCACUUGCCCCCUGGUGCCUGAGGUGCCUCUGGGUGAGCGUGGGGCGGGUUUGGGCUGGGCUGAGCCCAGCUCUGGCUCCGGGGGGGAUGCUCUGCAGGGAACCCGUUCCCCCCAAGGGAGUGCUGCUGUUCCGGUUUAUUUUCAUAUUCGUAUUUCCUCCCUCCCGUUUAACACUGGGCCACAGCAGCGGACCCGCCGAAUCGCAGAGCUCCGCCGGGGCUGCACGACUCUCUGGCGAUGAACGCAGCCAGAAGCGGCUACCGGGUCUUCUCGGCCAACUCCACGGCAGCCUGCACCGAGCUGGCCAAGAGGAUCACGGAGCGUCUAGGUGCUGAGCUGGGGAAAUCUGUGGUGUACCAGGAAACCAAUGGAGAAACAAGAGUUGAAAUAAAAGAAUCUGUCCGGGGACAGGAUAUCUUCAUUAUACAGACAAUCCCCAGGGAUGUGAACACAGCUGUCAUGGAGCUGCUGAUAAUGGCGUACGCACUGAAGACAUCCUGUGCCAAGAACAUCAUCGGGGUCAUCCCGUACUUCCCCUACAGCAAACAGAGCAAGAUGCGCAAGAGGGGCUCCAUAGUCUGCAAGCUGCUGGCAUCGAUGCUGGCCAAGGCUGGUUUAACACAUAUUAUCACUAUGGACCUUCAUCAAAAGGAAAUUCAAGGUUUCUUCAGCUUCCCAGUAGACAACCUGAGAGCAUCCCCUUUCUUGCUUCAGUAUAUACAGGAAGAAAUUCCAGAUUACAGAAACGCAGUUAUCGUAGCCAAAUCUCCUGAUGCAGCUAAAAGGGCUCAGUCUUACGCCGAGCGGCUGCGGCUGGGACUGGCGGUGAUCCACGGCGAGGCCCAGUGUACGGAGCAGGACAUGGACGAUGGACGUCACUCCCCUCCCAUGGUCAAAAAUGCAACAGUGCAUCCCGGUCUGGAGCUGCCGUUGAUGAUGGCCAAGGAGAAACCGCCAAUAACUGUGGUUGGAGACGUCGGAGGAAGAAUUGCCAUCAUUGUGGACGACAUCAUCGAUGACGUGGAAAGUUUCGUAGCUGCUGCAGAGAUCCUGAAAGAGCGUGGGGCCUACAAGAUAUUCGUGAUGGCCACUCACGGGCUGCUGUCAGCAGAUGCCCCCCGUCUCAUAGAGGAAUCCUCCAUUGAUGAGGUGGUUGUAACCAACACCGUUCCUCACGAGGUGCAGAAGCUGCAGUGCCCCAAGAUAAAGACUGUGGAUAUCAGUUUGAUUCUCUCUGAAGCCAUCCGGCGAAUCCACAAUGGCGAGUCCAUGGCCUAUCUCUUUCGCAACAUCACUGUUGAUGACUAGACCUGGUGCUGCUCCUGUCCUGGCUUCCACAAGAGAAGGAAAUAUGCAUGAAAAGGCAAUACCAUAAAUUAUAGGCGUUACACAACUGCUUAUUCUUGUAGAAGGGUGAAGGUUUUCAGAGACUUGAGCCAUGAGAUCUAGUAGAAAAAAAUCAACCUGACCAGCACUUUACAGGAGAAUAGAAGCGGCCGCUGGCAGUGGGGAGGAUUACACCUUAACUGAGAUGGAGAAAUCAGGUGGUGGUGAAUUUUUGAAUUGCUUUAAUUUUCUUUUUUAGUGUGUUAUCUCUUGCCCUGUAAAGCGGAAGCAAAGCAACAAAGAAGUAGCUGUCAGCUGAUGAGAAGGGAAUAGAGACUGUUCAUUGCUGCGUGCGGGCAGCCUGUGGGUUUGUUUCUGACCGUGACUCGCCCGAGGGCACGUGGGUGAGCGCUUUGUUGGGGUGGCCGGGCUGGGCUGCUGGCAGAGCUGAGGGCAGAGCAGCUGCGUGCCAGCCCAGCGGCCUCAGCCCGUGCACAGCAGAGACUUUCAUGGAAACUCAAUAGCGGAAUGUGCAGAAAGGGCAGCUCAGGGCACCCCAUGGGCAGGGCUGCUCGCAGCCUUGUGUCGGGGUGCUCCAAACAAGCUCACGUGUCUCCCGGUGGGGCGGGGGGUGCUCAUUAGUGCGCUGACUGUGUCAUUGUGUGAGGCUUGGCUUGUGAUUGUUCUUCAGUGGCAAGUCACGGGAGGGUCCAGCUCCUCACUGGAGCACUUGUGUGAACUGCAAAACCAGGCGCAAUUUCUGGCGUUGCCUGGGGCUGAGGAGUUGUGGCAGCAUUGUGGGGAAGGGGACUUGGAACAGUAUCUGCCUCUAAUGCAGCCGUGCUCUCCAAAACACUAACACCAUCUCUGCAAUAAAAAGUGUAGGAUUUUUGA